UUGAUCUCCCUCCAAUGGGUCACCCUGGAUUUCCAAAUUCCAAACAAAGCGUUCCUGAAACGCUUCUCCUUCGCCACUCAAGACUAAACCAUCCUAUCAACCCUCCGACCCCCAAAACAUGGGGAGAACCACCUUUAGGGCGUAAACGUGACGAUUUUGAGGACGAACCAACCUCUUUGACCUCAGAACUGAUAUAGUUCUGCAAAGCCAUUUUCACCCUUGACCUAUUUUUACUCUCAAAAAAAAACAGUGCACAAUGGAGGAUGUGCCGGAUUUUGUGGCUAUGGACACGGAUCCAGAUGAUCCCGACCCCUUGAUUGACGCCUCUGAUAUCAAACAAGAGAAGAGUGAUGACGUGACCGAGACUCCAGACAAUGUGGUCCAAGUCAAGGCUGAGCCCUUGGAUGUCGAUGAUAUAGAAGAAGAAGAAUCGAAAGAAAAUCGUGAAAAACCGAAAGAAACCGGAGGUCUCCGCCUGAACCCUAGUUUGGCCAGGGAUCCGGGUUCCGGAUCCUCUGGAGGAGACCCUAACCAAAAGAAGAUCAUCAUCCUCAACCCCAGCGGCUACAAGGAGAUGAGUAACGACUUCAUUGUCCACAAACGGAUGGAGGAAUUCAAAAUGCUCGUUGACUACAAAUGUCAGCUCUGCAGCUACUUGGGUGAAAGCACUGAGGAUACCUUGCUCCAUAUGCAGACCAUCCAUGGGAUCUGUGUUGAAAAGCGCUACGUUUGUAGCGAGUGCACCUUCCGGAGUGAUUACCGCAUGCCCUAUCUGCUCCAUUAUGAAAGGGAUCAUAUGAACACAAAGGACUUCCUCUGCGAAUUCUGCGACUUCUCCACCACCGACUACACCAUUCGGAGUCGCCAUCUGGAGAUUGAACACAACCAGUGCGUCCAUUGCGACUAUGUGGGCGAGUCCCGAAUCAUGGUGGCCGAGCAUGUCGCCAACGAGCAUGUCCGAAAAAGAUCAGCUAAGGGAGAACUUUCAACCAGGCCCUUCUAUACUUCAGAUCAAUCUGCCGUGUACAAGUGCGACCAUUGCAAUUAUCAAAGUGUCACUCAGAAUGGCAUUGACCUCCAUGUGACAAGCCAACACGUAGAAAAGAGUCAAGCCCGCACAAGGACAUGUCGAAUGUGCGCCUUCCGCACCAAUAACACCAUGACUUUGUAUGAACACAUGUUCUCUGAUCACAACCUUAUUGAGGUCAAGUGUAAUGAGUGCGAAUUUGUGGGCGGAAGUGCCUGGGAGUUGAAUGAGCACUCCGAGUCGCAUGAACUCAAGGGCUAUCAAUGCGAUCAGUGCGACUACAACACCAACCGCAUCAUGUUCCUCAAUCGCCACAAAAAGGCGCGACACUCGGAAAAAAGUUUCCACUGUCCAUACUGCACAUUCAAAUCUGCGCAACGUUGGUGCGUGAAGCAGCACAUCGUGCAGGUACACGAGAAAUCGCGCCUCUACCCCUGUGAGUACUGCGACUACAAGGCAAGCUCACGCGGUAAUCUCAACGUGCACAUCCGUGGAGUGCACGAGCGUGAUAAGCGCUAUGAAUGCACGCAAUGCGAUUUCAAGACCUGCCACAAGAGUGGUCUGCUUAAACAUUUGCGCUCGCAUCGUGGGAAGGAACUGAUCUGUGAACUGUGCGAUUUCAAGACCUCCUCCAAAGGAACGAUGUUUGUGCACAAGAAAGACGCACACGGAGCGCCCUGUCCUCAAUGUGAUUACGUCGCUACCAGCCAUGGCGCACUUGAAUCGCAUCUGCGCAUGAAACACGACGGUGGAGACACUUUGGAUUUCCAGACAAUCCAAAGCAACAAUCUGACGUCGAGCCAGGUGUACACUUAAGAUGAAUAUUGCUUAACAUAGACAAGAGCAUCCGAAUUUUUGCAACAAACGGUCAUUAUUGGCUUUGAGCCUUCCGCCAAAUGUUCCUGACGCUCGUUAUUUGACUAGAGCCCUGAUUAACUUAUUCUACUUGAGAAUAAAUCACAAUUGCUGUAUCUAAAAAGUUUUACUUUUCGUUUCUUACAUAAUCACAAACGUGCCUUAAUGA